AUGAAUAUAAUUAACGGAAUAAUACAAAUCAAACCAUAUUGUAAACGUACCAAGUUCGGUUUUAACAUUGCCAAUUAUCCGGAUUUGAACGCUGGUCUUGUUUUUAAUGAAAAGAAGAAAGAAUGUGAUUAUCAAUCGGAUGCAAAUGGUGACUACGGUACACAAUGCAUAACACCAAGGACUUUUCUAAGAGCAAAACCAAAAGCUGAACAGGGUACAGUAUUGUUUGAAGGUGCUGAUGCUACUGGACAGUUUUCGACACGAUUUGAUUGUUCAAAUAAAGAUCAACAGAAUAUGUUUGCUGAUUUUGAUUGGUGUAAUAUCUACUAUGUAUGCAUUGGAUAUCGCGAUAAUAUAUUUUUGUGUCCACUUGGUACACUAUUUAAUGAUACAAAACAAGGAUGCUUUGAUCGUUUAAACGGGAAAAAUUGUGAUUGUACAAAUAGUUACUAUAAACCGUCGAUUAAACGUCAUAAACGAACACGUAGUAGCACUAUAAAUAUGCCAUUCAAAUUAUCAAUUGGUGAAGAUAGCGAAAGAGAUUCGACGAUGCCAGAAUUCAUUGAUAAUUAG